AUGCGGCGGGUCCCGCUGCUGCCGCUGCUGCUGGCCGGGCUGGGGCUGGGGCUGGGGGGGGAACCGGAGCCGGCCGCCCCCUCGGGCGCACAGUGCCUGGAGGACGACUGCUUCAGCAUAUUUUGGGCAAGUCAACCCUUCGCGGAGGCCAGCGCGGCCUGCAACCGGGGCGGCGGGCACCUCAUGACCGUCCGGUCCACCGUGGCGGAGGACGCUAUCGCCGUUUUGGUGCAGAACCGUAGCGGGCAGCUCUGGCUUGGGUUACAUCUCUCGCCUCUUUGUACCGAACCGGCCCAACGCCUCCGCGGUUUCCAGUGGGUGACGGGCGACCGCCGCACUGAUUAUUCCAACUGGGCGUCGUCGGGGCAGCGGUGCGGGCAGCGCUGCGUGACUGUGUCGCGGGAGCUGCGGUGGGAAGAGCAGCGUUGCGAGGAGCCGGCUGACGGUUUCCUCUGCGAGUACAACUACGCGGGCAGCUGCCCUCGCCUGCCUCCCGCCGAGGGGUUGUCGGUCACCUACACCACCCCCUUCGGCGCCCGUGGCACGGAUUUUCUGGCCUUGCCGCCCCACAGCACCGCCGGCAUCCCGGCCAUGGGGCUGGAGCUGCACUGCAACGAGGAAGGAGAAAGCGGGGGGCUGCGCUGGGGUCACGCCACCCCGGGAGCUUGGCCCUGCCGCUUGGCCAACGGGGGCUGCGAGGGGACGUGCGGCGAGGAGGGAGGCCGGCCGCGCUGCUCCUGCCCCGACGGCAAGGUGCUGGGCGCCGACGGCCGCGGCUGCAGCUCGCCCUGCGCCGGCGCACCCUGCCAGCAUCACUGCGUCGUCAUCGGCACCACCUUCCUCUGCAUGUGCGAGUCGGGCUACCGGCUGGCCGCCGACGGCAGCAGCUGCGAGGAUGACGACGACUGCGCCGUGCUGCCCAGGGUGUGCGAGCAAGUCUGCGUCAACACCGAGGGCGGCUUCGAGUGCCACUGCCACCGUGGCUACAAGAUGGUGGAAGGGCGCUGCCGGCCCGUCUCCCGCUGCUACGAGGCGCUCUGCGAGCAGCAGUGCGAGGAGGUGCCCGACGGGUACCGCUGCAGUUGCUUCCCCGGCUACGCCGUGGACCCGCAGGCGCCCACCCGCUGCUUGCUGCACUGCAACCGCAGCCAGUGUCCUGCCGAGUGCGACCCGCACACCCUGUCCUGCGAGUGCCCCGACGGCUUCUUGCUGGAUGGCGAUGAGGCCAGCGGGCAGGUCUGCGUGGACAUCGACGAGUGCGACAUGAACUUCUGCCAGCACAACUGCACCAACCACCCCGGCGGCUACGAGUGCCACUGCCAAGCUGGCUACCAGGUCUUCAGAGAGAACCACUGCAUCAAAAUCUCAGAGGAGGACGAGGAGGGAGCGUUCUCAGGGGAUUUCAGGCCUGAUCCCCUGACACCCAUCCCCAGCCGGACCCCGCCGAAGGCAAAGCACCUCCACCCCGGCGCUCUGGUGGGCAUCGCCAUGGGCGUCCUCUCCACAGCCCUGGCUCUUCUGGCAUUGGGGUACCACCUGGCGAAGAAGCACUGCAGGCCCCCCAGCACCAUGGAUUACAAGUACAGUGGCCCCCACGAAAAGGAGAUGGGACUUCAGCCGGUCACCUCGGCGUCUGCCACCUCCAGCCAGAAACUAUAGGGAGACUGGGCAGGACGGAGAGAGGGAGAUGGACGAAACUGGGUAACAUUUAUUCUCCCCCCGCUCCCUGUAAUUUUUUAAUGAUAAUUUGGGAAAAGCUGUGAUCACCUCCAUUUCCAAAAAUACUCACUGCUUUCCAAUACUCGCGGCAGAGAGCGGGGAAGGUGGAAGGCACCGAGUGCUGCUCCGUUUCUUCUCCCUUCGUUCGGCUUUUCUUCUCCCCCAGCCAGCGGUUGCAGGGGUGUGGGGGGGCUUGAAAGAAAAAACGCCUGUGUGUUUAAACUGACUGUUUAAAUCCGCAUCGACAAGGGGACAAGAGCACCCCUGCCAUGGCUGGCCAAGUCCUUGCGGACCGUGGAAGAUCGCCUGGCCCCAAAUCCCCUCCCCGGCCGGGAAACAUGCCGCUGGGCUGGAGAUGACAGUUCUCCCCAGGGUAGCGAGGAGCUGGGAUGCUUCUGCCUUUGCCUGGGUUGGGUUUAGGUUUUUUUUUAAACUGGUGGGUGAUGGAGAAGGAGCAACAAUCUUGGCCUCAGCACUUUGCUUCACUCCUCUGCUCUCCUCUGCCUCAUCAGCAGAAAUCUGGUUUUGUUCCUCCCCCCAACCCAUCUUUUGCCUCUCACCUCUGGCAGCUGCGCACUUUUCACCUUAAAUCACUAGUGACAGUGGAGACCCUGCUGAGUGUCACUGCAUGAGGGCUAAAAUGCCUGAUUGCUAUUCCCUUUUACAGUUCUGGGGCUUUUUUGAGGGGGGUGCAGAGGUUAGAUGGGGAUACUGGGAAUGCCAUGGUAAUUUUUUCCAUGGUAGGAAAGGUUGGUUGCAGUGCCGGGGAGCCUCGUAUUCCCCACACAAUUUCUUCUGUGAUUUUCUGCUGUUGUUGAGUUUAACUGUUUGGUUGUGGGUUUGUUUUUUUUUUUUUAAUUAAAACAAACAAACAAACAAACAAAAACACUUAACUGACCCCUCUUUUCCACAGGGUGUUUUUUUCCUGGUUUUCCUUUAGUCUUUUCCAAGGCUGAGUCUAACCCAUGUUAAAGCUCAUGGCAAAACUUUCCUGGGAGGCAGGAUCUGGCCCACUACUUGCUUCCCGGCCACGGAUUAGCGGGGCAGGGGGGGAAACUGGAAAAAUAUUUUAUGCGUUUUUCCAGCUCCAUCGUUCGGCGAGGAGAGGAGGGGCAGCUCUGCAAAGCCAGCAUGGUGCGGGGCAGAGCUGGUGGGACGGGGGGCAGCGGGGGUCCUGUUCCGGCAGCCAGGGUGGGGUGAAGCCGGCAGAAUGGGUGCUGACAGCUUUAUGCCAGUGAAAUAUCAGCCAGCAGCAGCUCUUGGCUUUCCCGCGGGAAGUUUUGCAGGCCUGGGGUCAGAACUUGGGAGGGAUGGAUGCUGCAGAGGGGCUGUGGAGCCUGGGGGGGGUUGUGUCCCCCCAGAUCCAGCCCCCCUUUAUAUGCUAAGUGAGCUUGCUCUCACACCGUGUUUCCCCCUCCCCAUAUGAUAAAGCUACGUUGCAGCAAGGAAAAUAAAAAAGAUACACGUUGCAUGAGCCGUAGCUUUCCUAAUGUAAAUGGUUCCACCCACUGUUUUAUACACAUUUGUAAAUACUUAUUUAUUUAUUGGAAAUAUACCCUACGCAAUGCACAAUCACAUGGUGAUUUUGUGUGUAGACCAAUAAAGCUUUUACAGUCUGGUUUAUAGAAAGCCA